CGCUUCUCUCUCUCUCUCUCUCUCUCUCUCUCUCUCUGACGCACAAAUUCUUCUUCAUAUAUUUAUUCAAGUGUUAACAAUGCCUGCUCAAGUGAUGGCUGAGAAAAGUUUCGAAGGAAUUCAUGGUUCCGGCAACGAAAAUAUUUCUCCCUCCUUCAAGAGAUUGGAGGGAAAGAUAGCAAUUGUGACCGGUGGUGCUAGAGGGAUUGGUGAAGCAACAGUGAGACUCUUUGCAAGGCAUGGUGCUAAGGUGGUCAUUGCCGAUGUUGAGGACACUCUUGGAAUUUCUCUUGCCACCUCACUAUCUCCCUCAGUAACCUACACACAUUGUGAUGUUAGCUCAGAAGAAGACGUCAGAAACUUGAUUAACUCGACCGUUUCUCGCUAUGGGCGCCUUGAUAUCCUCUUCAACAAUGCAGGAGUGCUCGGAAACCAGUCCAAGCACAAAAGCAUAGUAGACUUUGACGCGGACGAAUUCGACCGUGUGAUGAGAGUAAACGUGAGAGGGGUUGCCCUGGGAAUGAAGCACGCAGCGCGUGUGAUGAUUCCAAGAGGGAGUGGAAAUAUCAUUUCCACGUCGAGUGUGGCCGGAGUCAUGGGAGGGAUGGGUCCACAUGCUUACACUGCUUCAAAGCAUGCGAUUGUGGGGUUAACCAAGAACUCGGCCUGCGAGUUAGGGAGGUAUGGAAUCAGGGUUAAUUGCAUUUCGCCUUUUGGGGUGGCGACGGAAAUGCUGGUUAGGGCAUGGAGAAGAGGGGAUGAAGAAGAAGAACAAGAAGAUGAGUGCAUGAGUUUUGGGAGACCUUGUGAGAACGAGGUGGAGAAAAUGGAGGAGUUUGUGAGAGGGUUGGCUAACUUGAAAGGUGAAAUUCUUAGGGCUAGAGAUAUAGCUGAGGCUGCCCUUUACCUUGCUAGUGAUGAAUCCAAGUAUGUAAGUGGUCAUAACCUUGUUGUGGAUGGUGGGGUUACCACCUCAAGAAAUUGUGUUGGCUUGUAACUUAACUUUCAAUAUUAAUUUGUACUCUACCUUCAUUUGUAUUUGUUUUUGUUUUUGUUUUUGUGUGAAAUCAACAUUGCAAAGUCCAUUGAGGUUGUA